CCGCGACGCGUGUGCCCCUCGCAUUCUUCGGAGACCUCGCAACUUUGUUCAAAGGGGGAAAGAACCGUUGACAUUUUAGAUCAGUGAGCCGCUGUCCGCCAAAGGCUGCACCGCACAACUUAAAGAGAGCCUUCUAAAAGAUUGCACUCAACGAUACCUUAAUACAUUACUGGUUUUGGCAUUUUCCAUCGACACGAUGGACUGCGAGCGCGCGCCCUUAAUUGAGGGUAAGCUGCUUGCGGUUGAUGGGUCAUCGCCGCCGCCGGCGCCGUGGAAGAACCCUUUGAAGAACAAUCAGGCCACCAAGCGGCGUCAUCCUCUCCGCGGAUUCCUGAAGGCCAUCCUAACAAUCAGCCCUCUCUUGCUCGUCACAGGUUACGCGUUCUUCCAGCCAAAACUUCCCUUUCGCCACCCAGUCCAGCCCCCGGACCCUCCCCAGCCCGUCAGGUAUCCCGGCGAGCACAUCUCCUGGACACCCUGCGGUACCAUCGACAACCGUGCACUCGAGUGCGCCAAUCUGACGGUCCCCGUGGACCAGUUCGACACCAACUCCAGCGUCGAGGCCAGCAGCCACGACGACGACGAUGACACCGACAACGACAACCACCACAAACAUCACCAGCCGGGGGACACCUUCACCAUCCCCCUCCUCCGCCUGCGCAGCGCUAACGCGACCCCGUCGACGCGCAACCUGCUCCUGAACCCGGGCGGGCCGGGGGGCUCGGGCGCCGCCUUCCUGUACCAGCGCGGGGCGCAGCUGGCGACGCUGGUCGGCGAUGGCUUCCACCUGCUCUCGUUCGACCCGCGCGGGGUCAACGGGUCGACGCCGCUGGCGACCUGCUACCGGAGCGAGGAGGACCGGCGGGCGCUGUCGUCGCGCGCGCGGACGGCCCGGCGGCCGGUCGAGGACAGCGGCGAGCUGUGGGCGUGGACGGGCAGCUUCGUGCGCGCCUGCGACGACGUCAUGGGCGGCGCCGGCGCCGGCGCCCACGUCAACACGCCCCAGACGGCCGCCGACAUGAACUCGAUCCUCGACGCCGUCGGCCAGCGCGCGCUCUACUACUGGGGCUUCAGCUACGGCACCAUCCUGGGGCAGACGUACGCCACCCUGUUCCCCGACCGCGCCGAGCGGGUCAUCAUCGACGGCGUGGCCAACCAGUUCGACUGGUACGAGUCCCGCCUCGACGCCGAGAUGAUAGCCGACACGGACCGCGUGCUCGAGGGGUUCGUGGACGAGUGCGUUCGGGCCGGCGAGGAGCGCUGCGCGCUGGCGGCCAUGGCUACAUCCAAAGAGGAGCUGCUGGACCUGCUGCUGGAGCGGGUCGCGCGGCUGAGGGACGACCCGGUCGGGGUGUACGUCAACGAGACCCAGUGGGGUGUCCUGGACUACUGGACGCUCUGGUACAACGGCGUGUUCCCCGCGCUGUAUAAGCCGGCGGUCUGGGGGGAGCUCGCGGACCGGCUGGCCGCGCUGUUCCGCGGCAACGCGACCGCCGCCUGGCUGGCCUACGGCACCAAGCCGGCCUGGGACAGCCUCGGAGACGCGUUCAAGUUCAUCUCGAUCAACGACGGGGUCUCGGGCCCCGACAAGUGGCCGAUGGACCGCCUCGAGCUGCUCGACUACCUGCUGCCCUUCUUCAACCAGUCCCUCUUCGGCGAGGCCCAGCUCGACUACUACUUCUCCAAACAGGCCUGGACCAUCCCCCAUGCACACAGCUACGUCCCCCGGCGCAGGGUCCGGACGGCGCACCCGCUGCUGAUCCUGUCGACCACGUACGACCCCGUCUGUCCGCUCGUCUCGGCCAAGGGGGCCGCCGACGUGUUUGAGCGGUCCCGCCUGGUAGAGGUCAAGGGCUACGGCCACUGCACCCUGGCCGUGCCGUCCCGGUGUGUUGCCCGCCAUGUGCGCGACUUCCUCUACGAUGGCAAACUGCCGGAUGACGGCCACGUGCGGUGCGAGCCGGACGCCAACCCGGCCUUUGCCAAGCCGGAGGAGGCAGACGCGCUCUUGGAGGCCCAGUCCUUGAGCGAAGAGGACCGGCGGGUUUGGAAGGCGCAGCAGGAGCUCGCAAGAGAUAUUACCUGGCUCGGGCCAUGGAGAGGGGCAUGGUAAUAUAAUAAUUAAUUACUAGCCCGAGGUACAUAUAAUAUACCUGGUUAUCAGGCCAUGCGUUUGCGUACAGGGACACAAACAAGCCAUCAUGGUGAGGGAUAUUCGUAGAUAGACAGCCACGCGGCGCAACUGGCACCUGCUGGCAUUCAACUUAACUUAAACUUUCGACCUUUGCUUCCGUCUGGUUCUUCAGUAUAGGGCUG